GAACCUUAUGGGAUGUGGUUUCAGUGGUCAAAUCCCUGAAUCAAUAGGAUCUCUCGAACAACUUACAACCCUCUCCCUGAAUUCAAAUAAAUUUAGUGGAACAAUUCCAGCAUCCAUUGGACGACUAUCGAAAUUAUUUUGGUUUGAUAUAGCUGACAAUCAGAUCGAAGGAACUGUUCCAGUUUCUAAUGGGACUUCUUCACCUGGACUUGACAUGCUUCUUGAAACUAAGCAUUUUCAUUUUGGGAAUAAUAAGCUAUCUGGCGAUAUCCCAGAAAAGCUCUUUACCUCAAACAUGACUUUAAUACAUGUGCUAUUUGAUGGAAACCAAUUCACGGGCAAAAUCCCGAACAGCCUCAGCCUUGUUAAAACGUUGACAGUGUUACGCCUUGAUAGGAAUAGACUAACUGGAGAUAUUCCUUCAAGCCUUAAUAAUCUUACAAAUCUUUACGAACUAUACUUGGCCAACAACAGAUUUACAGGUAGCCUCCCAAAUUUAACCAGCUUGACCAGUCUCUACACAUUAGAUGUAAGCAAUAACCAAUUGACAUUCUCAUCCAUUCCAUCUUGGAUCUCUUCAUUACGCUCCUUGUCAACAUUAAGGAUGGAAGGGAUCCAACUCGAAGGUUCAAUACCAAUUUUCCUCUUUAGUCCGAUCCUAUUGCAGACUGUUGUCCUAAAGCGAAAUCAGUUAAAUGCAACAUUAGACUUUGGUGCCAACUAUAGCAACCAGUUGGAGUUUGUGGAUCUACAAAACAAUGAAAUAACUAAUUAUAAACCAGCAGUUAAUAAACGCAUCCAAGUAAUAUUGGCAGAUAAUCCACUGUGCCAAGAGGAAGGGAACCAGCAGAAUGACUACUGUAAAGCAAUCCAAUACAAUACCUCAUUUUCGACCCCUGAGAUAAAAUGUUCUCAUUGUGGUCAGGGAAAAGAGCCGAGUCCAGCAUGUCACUGUGUGUAUCCAAUAACAGGAAUACUCACCUUCAGAUCUCCUUCUUUCUCAGGGUUUUCCAACAACACUAACUUCAUAAUACUCCAGAAAGGGAUAGCAGAUUUCUUUAAGAACUUCAGUAAUCAAGUUGACUCUGUUGCCAUCAGAAACAUAAGAGAGACUGCAACUGAUCAUCAGCUUCUAAUAGAUCUUUUGGUCUUUCCAUUGGGAAAAGAAACAUUCACUGAGAUGGGAAUGGAUAGUGUUAUUUCUGCCUUUAGCACACAUACUUAUAAGCCUCCACCGAUAUUUGGACCUUACAUUUUCAAAGCCAAUCAGUACAUUCCUUUCUCUGGAGGAGGUUCCAAGUCUGCGAACACAGGCAUUAUCAUCGGAGCAGUAGUUGGUGCCGCGGUUCUUUUGUUGUUCUUAACUAUAGCUGGGAUAUACGCUCUUAGGCAGAAGAAGCGAGCAGAAAGAGCAGCUGGUCAGAAUAAUCCUUUUGCCAAUUGGAAUAAGAGUAAAAGUAGUAUCGAUGCUCCACAACUAAUGGGAGCAAAAGCCUUUACUUUUGAAGAGCUGAGGAAAUGCACUGACAAUUUUUCAAAGGCAAAUGAUGUUGGGGGAGGAGGUUAUGGCCAGGUGUACAAAGGGAUUCUCCCCUCUGGCCAACUCCUAGCAAUCAAAAGAGCCCAGUUAGGAUCUUCGCAAGGGGAGUUAGAGUUUAAAACUGAGAUCGAGCUUCUCUCAAGAGUCCAUCAUAAGAAUGUUGUUAGACUUUUAGGCUUCUGCUUUGAUCGAACUGAACAAAUGCUCGUAUACGAGUACAUUCCAAAUGGCUCUCUUACAGACAGUCUAUCAGGGAAGAGUGGCAUUAUAUUAGAUUGGACAAGAAGGCUUAAAAUAGCACUUGGAUCAGGCAAGGGCUUGGCUUAUCUUCAUGAGCUUGCUGAUCCUCCAAUCAUACACAGAGACAUCAAAUCAAAUAACAUAUUACUUGAUGAAAGUCUAACUGCAAAGGUUGCCGACUUUGGCCUUUCCAAGCUAGUGGGAGACCCUGAGAAAAUCCAUGUGACAACACAAGUGAAAGGAACCAUGGGCUACCUGGAUCCUGAGUACUACAUGACGAAUCAACUGACGGAGAAGAGCGACGUGUAUGGAUUUGGUGUGGUGAUGCUUGAGCUAUUAACGGGUAAAAGUCCGAUAGAUGGAGGAAAAUACGUGGUGAGAGAAGUGAAGACGAAGAUGGAUAAAUCUAGGAACUUGUAUGACCUGCAAGAACUGUUGGACACAAAGAUCAUUGCAAGCAGCGAGAACCUGAACGGGUUUGAGAAGUAUGUAGAUCUUGCUUUGAGUUGUGUGGAGGAUGAAGGAGUAAGGAGACCGUCGAUGGGUGACGUUGUAAAAGAGAUUGAGAACAUAAUGCAGCUUGCGGGACUAAAACCUAACUUAGAUUCGGCAACCAGUUCGAGAACGUACGAGGAAGUAAGCAAAGGAUCUAGUGAUCCGUAUGGCAAGUAAUUGUUUGAUUCCAGUGGGUAUUUUCCAUCUUCAAAGCUCGAAUCCCAGUGAUUGAUUAUGUCUUUUAUUUUUGUUAUUUUUUAGGUGAUUUCAUAUUUGAAAUGCCUUGUGAAUGUGGGCUCAAAUGAUUUCAAUUGUUGUUAUCUGUUGUUGAUGAUAAAGUAAAAGAAUGAGAGUA